AUGGCAGGCCUUGCUCUUUCUUAAUUAAUCCUUUCAAGACAAGUGGCGUGAAACUUUGAAUAAGAAAGAGAUCAUCAAGAUCAUCGAGUCAUGACCAACACAGGUGAUGAGUGGGUUCAGUAUUACCAGCAGAGCGUUGAUCCACAGGCUGAAUUUGUUGACUCCACCAUUGUCACCCCCAUGAGCUCAAGCAACAACAUCGAUCAAGAUCGCACCAACCCCACCGGUAAUAACAACAACAUCAUCAAGAGUCAAUCAAAGCCAACCAGAAGAAGAUCAAGAGCAUCAAGGAGGACUCCCACAACCAUCCUUAAUGCCAACACCACCAACUUCAGAUCCCUGGUCCAGCAAUUCACUGGCUGCCCGAGCACCUCCAUCUCUUUCGGGUCGACCCAUCGCAGCAGCCCGCUCAACUUGAGUUUCAUGGGUUUGGGGCAUGAGCAUCAGGUAGUCUCUUCUGCGGAGGCAUCUCUUCGGAACAAUUAUUCCUAUGGUGUCCAAGUCCAGCAACAAGCUAGGCCAUCACAGCAAUUGCACCAGGAGCAAUCAGAGUAUGCAAGUAUGAUUAAUUCCUCGUUCAAUGAGGUAACCAACACUAAUGAUGCUUUUGUUUCGACCAUGCCGCUGUCUGGUAACUUCAUGGACGCGACGGAGGAUAUCCUCAGUGGGUAUCCCAUGGACGAUCUCCCUUUCCAAGUUUAGCUAGCUAGCUUCAUUCUUGACCCACAAUGAUGUCAACCAACUAAAACAUACUUGGUUAGCAUGUACUGAACCUACACCGGUUCUUCAGAAUCUUUAGUCUUUGCACAGUCUUUCUUUGCAGCACUCAAGAUGUAGUUUACUUAUAUAUGCCUCUAAUUCUGGCUUCCGUAGGAUUUGCAUAUGGCAUGACUACUUUGUCUUUUGUUCUUUUUCUUUGAUAAAUACGAUUGUAAAAUUAUUAUUUCACGA